ACGCAAAAGAUAUUUACAGAGCUGAAAGAGGUCACAAACGUCUCAACGAAUACAUAUCCCACUAUGAAACACUUAACUAUGAUCAUGAGCACGUCAGAGCUAGUCACAAUAGAGCGCGUCGAUCGGUGACCAAAGAUCAUUUUGUAUAUAUAAAAUUUGCAGCACAUGGAAAAGAUUUCCAUCUUAGAUUAAAACGUGAUUUAAAUACAUUUAGUGAUAAGUUAGACUUUUAUGAUAACAACGGCCCCAUUGAUGUCUCAACGGAUCAUAUCUAUGAGGGCGAUGUGAUAGGGGAUCGUAAUAGUUAUGUAUUUGGUUCCAUACACAAUGGGGUAUUCGAGGGUAAAAUUAUAACGGAACGUGAUGCCUAUUAUGUUGAACAUGCCAAACAUUAUUUUCCCACAAAUCGGACAACGUCGGCGUCAGCGUCAACGACGACGUCGACGUCGACGUCAACGUCGAUGCCGACGACAAAGACCACCGCAACAACAUUAGCUCCAACAACAACGGGGUCCAAUCUGACUAAAACUGCCAUUGAUAAUAAGAGAGAAAACUUUAUGAAUCAAAUUGGUGAAACAACAACAACAACAGCAAACACAUUCCCAAUGUAUCCAACGGACAACAACACCAAACAGACAGAAGCAACAACAACAACAGCAACGACAAAGAGAAACGAGGAUGAACUUGAUUUCCACUCCAUUAUCUAUAAGGAGUCGCAUGUUGAGGAUGCCUACGAGAAUGUGCGCGAAGGUCACGUGGGCGGCUGUGGCAUAACGGAGGAGGUCUCACAAUGGAUGGAGAAUAUACAAAAUUCAGCGGUUGAGGAGCUGCCAGUGCCCAUGUCAAAGGAUGUCCAAAAGCUGCACCGGAAACAGCAACACAAAAAGGCAACGGCAGCCCAGCAACAACAACAACAACAACAACAACAACAGCAGCAACAGCAACAAUAUCCACCGAAGAAAUACGCCAGCAGCGAUGAUGAUUUCAAAUUGCCACAUCAGAAAUAUACAAAGGAAGCAAACUUGGGCGAUGGCAACGGUGGAUUCUAUGAUCCAGAGACCGGACGACGCUUGGGCACCACGGCCAAUGUCGCCGAGUGGCGUCAACUGGUCCACGAGCGUGUGCGUCGCGCCAGUGGCAACGGCGGCGCUGGUGGCAACAAUGCCGCGGCUAACGGUUCAUCUGGCGCCGGACGCGGACGUGAGGAUAACAAGAAUACCUGCUCGCUGUAUAUACAAACAGAUCCAUUGAUUUGGCGUCAUAUACGCGAGAGUAUUGCUGAUCAUUCGCAGCACGAUCGCGGUCGCAAGUACGAGAUAGAUGUGAAGACCCGCGAGGAAAUCACGUCGCUGAUUGCACAUCAUGUGACGGCCGUUAAUUACAUUUACCGCAACACAAAGUUCGAUGGACGGACGGAGCAUCGCAACAUACGCUUUGAGGUGCAACGCAUUAAAAUCGACGACGAUUCCGCCUGUCGCAAUUCCUACAAUGGACCACACAAUGCAUUUUGUAACGAGCACAUGGAUGUCUCGAACUUCUUGAAUCUCCACUCGUUAGAGGAUCACUCAGACUUUUGUCUAGCCUAUGUAUUUACCUAUAGAGAUUUUACGGGCGGCACUUUGGGCUUGGCCUGGGUGGCCAGCGCAUCGGGCGCCUCGGGCGGCAUUUGCGAGAAGUACAAAACCUACACGGAAACUGUGGGCGGCCAGUAUCAGAGCACCAAGCGCUCCUUGAACACAGGCAUCAUCACCUUCGUCAACUACAACAGUCGCGUCCCACCAAAAGUGUCGCAGCUAACGCUGGCCCAUGAGAUUGGACACAAUUUCGGAUCACCGCACGACUACCCACAAGAAUGCCGUCCCAGUGGACCCAAUGGCAACUUCAUAAUGUUUGCCAGCGCCACCUCUGGCGAUCGUCCCAACAACUCGAAAUUCUCACCCUGUUCCAUACGCAACAUUUCCAAUGUGCUGGAUGUGCUGGUGGGCAACACGAAACGUGAUUGCUUCAAGGCAUCGGAGGGCGCCUUCUGCGGCAACAAGAUCGUGGAGUCGGGCGAGGAAUGCGACUGUGGCUUCAACGAGGAGGAAUGCAAGGACAACUGCUGCUAUCCGCGCCUGAUCAGCGAAUACGAUCAGUCGCUGAACUCGAGUGCGAAGGGCUGCAGGCGUCGCGCCAAGACGCAGUGCUCGCCCUCGCAGGGCCCCUGCUGCUUGGCCAACUCCUGCGCGUUUGUGCCCUCGCACUUCCAUCAGAAGUGCAAGGAGGAGACGGAGUGCAGCUGGUCGAGCACCUGCAAUGGCACCACGGCCGAGUGCCCCGAGCCCCGGCACCGCGAUGACAAGACGAUGUGCAACAAUGGCACCGCCCUGUGCAUACGCGGCGAGUGCAGUGGGUCGCCCUGUUUGCUCUGGAACAUGACCAAGUGCUUCCUCACCUCGACGACGCUGCCGCACGUGGACAAGCGCAAGCUCUGCGAGCUGGCCUGCCAGGAUGGCAACGAUACGUCCACCUGUCGCAGCACCAGUGAAUUCGCCGCCGAAUACAACAUACAGCCGGGUGGCAUCAGCCUGCAGCCGGGCUCGCCCUGCGACAACUUCCAGGGCUACUGCGACGUGUUCCUCAAGUGUCGCGCCGUCGACGCCGACGGGCCGCUGGUGCGGCUCAAGAACCUGCUGCUCAAUCGGGAAACCCUGCUCACCGUCACCGAGUGGGUCACCGGCAACUGGUAUCUGGUGGUGCUCAUUGGCGUCGGCUUCAUCGUCGUCCUGGGCGCAUUCAUCAAGUGCUGCGCCGUGCACACGCCCAGCUCCAAUCCGAAGAAGCGCCGGGCUCGACGCAUCAGCGAAACGCUGCGUGCGCCCAUGAAUACGCUGCGUCGAAUGCAGCGUCAUCCCAAUCAGCGUGGUGCCGGACCGCGCAGCAUUCCACCACCCGCGCACGAGGCGCAGCAUUAUCCGAGGGGUGGUGGCGGACGACACGGUGGAUCACGUGGACACAAUCAUCACAAUGCGCAUCCGCACGAAUGGGAUCGGCAUCAGGGCGGGCAUUCGAUAGUCCCGCUGCCCACGGGCGGCAGUCACUCCAGCCGCAAUGCCCCGGCGAGUCAGGCGCGACGCAGCGAUGGGCGUGGCACACGGCCCAGCAGCAGUGGCAGGCCGCAGGCGAGCGGCGCAGCAGCCGGACGAUCUGGGUAUGGAGCCGAUCAAUCGGGCGUGGGUGGUGCCAUGGGUGGUGGUGUGCAGGCGGCCAUUAGCAGCGGUGGUGUUGUGGCGCGAGCGCAGCUACCGCUGCCAUUGCCGCCGGCAAAUGCACAGCAACAACAACAACAACAAGCACUGUCACCGCAACAACAACAACAACAACAACCGCAAGCGUUCUAUGCGCCGAAAGAAUUACCACCACGCAAUAAGUCCCGCUCGUCACGUACCACGGCCACGCCUCCGACAGCGGCUGGCGGCAGCAAGCAAGCCAAAAGUGCCAAAGCCAAAGACACACAACAACAACAACUACAACAGCAACACAACAACAAACACAACAACAGCAACCGCAGCCGCAGCAGCAGCAAAGACAAGGCAACAGCAGCCGCUGGCAAGAUGCGCCGCAAUAUUGUUUACUAAAUGUGGAACGCUUGGAAUUGGAACGCCUCAACACAUGCCAUAUACCAUACAAACAUAAC